UCUUAAGAACGAAUUCAUAGUCGAGUUCAUCUUCAAUCAUAAUGGAGAAUUUUAUUAAGCAAAUGAGGGUGAGAUUUGCUGGUAUGGAUGAGGAAAUCGUAGAAGAAGCUUCACGCGUUAGAGAUCAAAACACACCCUCUCCAAGGACUCGAUCUUUUAAAGGAGAUAAUAGAAAAGGUCAAAACUGGUACAGAAGACAGUCUUCUCGUGAACCUACGUAUGAUUAUGAUUCUGAUUACAUGGAGAGUGAUGAGUUCCGAACAGCAGUUGCUGCAGCUGCAUUCGCCAUUGGUUCAGUAGAAGAACGAAGAAGAACAAGACGACGUCGUGAUGACAGUUUGAGCAAGGGCAAGAGCAAAACAGAUGAUGGUGCAGUUUCUGUAACCAGAAGGGCAAGAGAAAGAAUCUCUUCUUCUUCUUUUUCAAACAAUAAGAUGAAGAACAAGGAUGAUAACACAGUUCACAUGUCCAGCCCUAGUUUACUACCCAAGAAAUCAUCAGAAUCACAAGAAAAGGUCUCCGACAAGCCUAAUCGUCCAUCAAACACAGAUUUCACAGGCGAAGCUUUUAGUUCAUCGCCAUUCGUCAAGAAGACUUCUGAUUCUUUCCAAAAGCAAUCUGACAAAAGAAAACCUGAAACUGGUUUGGAAAGUAGUCGUCGUGAACAACCGACUGAACAACUCACAUUCCCAGCAACUGAAGUCGAUAGAAAGCACUCACAACCCACACUCGAAGACGUAAAGGCGGAUGCCUGGGAGAAAAACGAGAUGGAAAGAAUCAAAGAACGGUACGAGAGGUUGAAUGCCAAAAUACUUGAGUGGGAAACCGAGAAGAAGGAGAAAGCCCAGAAGAAGUUGUCAAGAACUAAGGACGAGUCGGGAAAGAAAAGGGCUCGAGUUUUGCAAAAUUACAAGACUGAGAUAGAGAUGAUUGAUCAGAUUGCCGAAGGAGCAAGAUCACAGGCUGAGGAAAACCAAAGGAAGGAAGUAAUAAAGGUUAAGGAGAAGGCCGAAAUGAUUAGGAUAACUGGAAAAGUCCCAACAAAAGCAUGUUUAUGCUUCUAAAUUUCGACCAAAACGACGACAAACACUUUCAUGCUCAUAUGUAGUAUUUGUUAAUACUUAAUAGUAUUAAUUACCGAAAUAUGUCACUUUGUAACAUAAUUACAAUUAUUAAUUUGCAAGGA